GUAUCCCUCUUAUCCUUGUCCACCCAGGAAACCCUAGCCCCCUUCUCCCAAUCGCCGCCGCCGCCUUCUUCCUCCCAGAUCCAAUCCAAGUCAGAGCCCCCGACCUCCAUCUCCAUUCCUGCGCGCGUCGGCCACCUCCCUGCGGCGGAGCUCGAUCCCGUCAGUCUCCCCCGAAACGAAACCCACACCGCCGCCGCCUUCGUCUCCCCAACCAACCACAACCCACCGGCGACCUCCUCCCACUCUCCCUCUCCCUCGCCGCCGGCGCCCCCUCGCCUCCCCUCCCGUCCUCUUGUCUCCCUACUAGGCCCCAGAUCGACUCGGCCUUCUCCUUCUCAGGCCACGACCAGAUUCGCACCGGGGUUCCCGCAUCGGCGCCGUCAUGGACCUUCCUCCUCCUUCUCCACGACCACACUGCGGCAGAGGAGUCCUCCUCCUCCCACCGCUACCGCGACCGCGCCCUCCUCCUUCCACCUCCACAUCCAUGCAUCCAUCCCUUCCUCCCUCCUUGCGCCCGAAACCCUAGUCCGCGGGCGGCCAUGUCGACCGAGCUCAGGAUCCACAGCAUCCUCUUCUCCUCCAAGAGCAAGAACAGCAACGUCUGCAAGGGUAUGCCAUGAAUCCCUUCUCUUCUUCUGGCCUUCUUCAUCUCCGCAUCUGAUUCGUGCGUGCGGCCGUCUAUGUAGUCAGUUUGCUCCCUCCGAUCUGCUCUGCUUGCGUGAAGGGGCCCGGCCAAGGAGAAGCUGCUGCUUCAGCUUCUUCCUCCUCCCCGGUGUGUGUAGGUGUUGAAGGAGUUCAUUAUGGGCAGCCGGAGGCGUACGAGUUCCAGGACAUGCGCCGCCCAUCGUUGACCUCCAGGUCAUCAAGAACGCCUGGGACGGCAAGAGCUACCUCCUCAUGCAGAGCACGUCCAAGAUGGCGAGCAGGACGAUGUACUGCACGGGAAGGAUCAAGUCUUUCGUUGUCCCCCUCGCCAACUACUCCCUCGACACCACCGCCGCUCCAGGUGAACGUUCCGAAGACCAAGAAGACCUGCAAGAACAAGGAGUGCAAGAAGCACCCUCCACAAGGUUACCUAGUACAAGAAAGGCAGGGAUAGCCUUUCUGCUCAGGGGAAGCGUCGUUAUGACCGCAAGCAGUCUGGAUAUGGAGGCCAGACAAAGCAUGUUUUCCACAAGAAGGCCACAUCUGGACUUAUUUGAUGUUCCUCCUCCGCGGCGGCCCCGCGUCGCGCGCCCCCGCCGGCAGUCUGGGCGACGGUGGACGGGCCGCUGGGGAUGCCGCUGGACUUCCUAUGACUUGUUGCUAAGAUUAACAAUUACUCUGUAGACCCUGCUGUGAUAAUACGUGUUUUAUGGUCACAGCUCAGUCCUCGGUUAUAUUUUUUUGGGAUGAAACGAUAUGUGUAAUUCUAGUGAUAUUUGGAGAUUUUGUGAUCCCUCUCCGAGUUGCAACCGGGGGCUGCUGUUAGAGGUUCAUCCGUGGCUAUUAGUCACGGUCAAUUAGAGGAACUAGUACUAGUACUACGGCGCAUCAUCAGAGGAACCAGUACUUGGGCUCUUGUUGACCUUCAAGCCUUUCCUGGCAGUCCCACAACACUACAAGUAUAACAUACCAGUACCUGUUUAGGUAGUGCUAUAGAGCGAUGUGUGUGGUUCUGUGGCACUGGCAUGCUGUAUGUGAAGACUCAAGAGUCUUCUUUUGUUGUACUUGUAGAUGUAGCGGUGUUCUUGGCACUGUGACCUAAAGCAAUCAGUCGGCCAAUUGCAGUCUUGGCAUGCUCUGUUGCUCUCCUAGUUGUUAACCUAUGUGUAGUAGUACGUAGGAAUAGAGGUAUGCUAAAUCUGGCAUUUUCAAGUAUGCUGUGUUGCUGUGACUGCUCUCAGUUUAAUAAUUUUAACUCUUCUAGCAUUUUCAAGUAUGCAUAGUGUAUUAGUGUAUCCUCGUCUGUGUUGUUUGAUUUAUAUAUGGUGUUGAAGGUCUUGCUCACCCUGUGUCUACCUAAUACCUGCAGAUCAACGGCUCUCUGGCUCCGCAGGGCCAGCAAGGACCUGAUGAAGAGGGGGCUCAUCAGGAUGGUGUCAAUAUUGUGGGAACUGUUCUAGUGCCUGAUCUGUAUCCCAAUUCAGGCUCAAAAUGCGCCCCAUUUACUUCACCUCUAGAAUAUCUCUUUCCUGUCUUUGUGGAAUAGUAACAUAUGAAAUGUCAUACCUGCUUAAAUCUUAGUUGCUACAUGCUAGUAGGAGAUAAUUUUUCCAAUUCUAUCUUCUGCGAUUAAAACAAAUCCACGACAGAGUUGCAGCAAAUAGAUUUUUACCAGUUCUAUCUUCUGUAUCAAAAAAAAUCCACAACUGUUUCAAAUGACAGUAGCAGCAUGCCGAUUUUUAUCAAUAUUGUGGAAAUUUCUCUAAAGUAGAAGUUGCUUAACUAUGCAAGUUGCUUUAAAUUUGGGAAAUUGCUCUGAAGUACAAUAUGUUAGAAGAAACUACCAUGUAUCUGGAAUGGAUCAUCAAUCACUCUUUAUACACUUGCAACUCAGUUUCUUUCAUAUAAGUUCUGCUGCCUUUCUUUAGGUUGAGCUACUGCCCUGUUAAUUGCUUUUACAAACAUUAUCAUUUGCCAUAUUGCUUUAACAAACAUUAUCAUUUUUUCCGUUUCUCAAAUACAAAAUAGCUUGCUCCUUCUAGUUGUGGCAUCCCCAUUGUUAAUCUUUAUGAUGUUGUUCCUCACUAAUAUAAUAUUUACUGAUUAUUGGUAGUCACUAGUAUUCACUGAUAACUAUGCCUCGUUUUGAUUGUUCUAUUGUUAUUUAUGCCAAAAGGUUAACAUGUUCGAAUUUAUUUUGUUCCUGACCAUUUUGUUUUAUAACAUGCAGAUGGUGGCCUCUAUUCAUGUUUCGUCCUGAGCUCCAGGAUGAAGAAGUUGGAAGAAGCAAUGCAUGCUGGAUCUAGGCAUGCAUGCAUGCUCUAGUAUCCCUGCUUCUGAACCUAGCUAGGGAGGUGCAGGACUUUGUUGUAACGUUGAUUUUUUUGGGAAUUUUGCUGUACUGGUGAUUUUGCUGAGAGUUUGGUGUAUAUUUGCUUGCCACUAUGUUUACUUGAUAUUUAUUUCUGGAUUAGAAAAUAUAUUGGCAUUGAAUC